AUGGACUCAUUAAACUCAUCAAUACUUCUAGAUGUGAGUGAAUUGUUAUCUACUAUUUCUGCAAAUAUUUUAUUGGAUCUUCCAGUAUUUUGUGAAGAUACAACAGAACCAUACUUUAGAGCACCAGCAUCAUUUCUACCAAUUAGAGAACGAAGAGAAGAAACACUUCAAAACAAUGUUCCACUUUUACAAUUACCUGGAUCAAUAAUAAGAGAAAUACUGAGAACACUUGAUGCAAAAGAUGCAGUGUCAUUAGGAAGAAGUUGUAGACAAUUACAUGGGAUUAUCUUUGGAAUAGAAGGUGAAAAGUAUUGGGAAGACAAAAUUAAAGAAAUUAAACCAUCUAUUAAUCUCUUUCAAAGUAAUAAAAAAGCAGCAGAAAUAUUCAGAAAAUGUGCUACAAUGAGAAAACAUUGGAGACAAAUACAAUACACACAAAAUACAAUUGAAGGACAUAUGAGUUUAAUUAAAUGUAUUGAAAUAGAAGAAAAGAAAGGAAUAUUAGUAACAGGAUCAAGUGAUAAAAAAGUAAAAGUAUGGAAAAUUAAUGAGAAAACAUUAAUUAAUGAAAAAGUAUUCAGUGGACAAAAUUGUGGAAUUGUAGGAUUAACAUUAAAUAAUGAUAAUAUUAGAAUUGGAUAUAAAAAUGGAGUUAUUAAAGAUAUAAACAUUGUCUCAGGAAUUGCAAAUGAAGUUGUUACUGGAUUUCAAGUUAAUGGAUUUACUUUUAAUGAACAAUUAGUUCUUGGAUAUGAAAGAACUGUAACAUUAUUAGACCCAAAUAAAUUAGAAAUAAUAGGUGAAUAUCGUCAACAUAAAAGACCAAUUACAUAUUCUAAAUUAUUUAAUUCUCAACUUGGAGUAUCAUCUUCAUUUGAUAAAACUGUAGAAUUUUGGGAUAUAAGAAAUCUAGAACAAACAGCAAUUAGAUUAAAAGGUCAUCAUGCAGGUGUAAAUCAUUUUGAUUUUAUUGAAGAUAAAAUAAUAACUUGUUCUAAUGAUAAAAAUAUAAUGGUAUGGGAUUAUAGAAAACCUGAAAUUCCUUUAAAAAUAUUACAAAAUCAUACAGGUGAAGUAAUUUUUAUUAAACAUGAAAAUGAUAAAAUUAUUUCUUCUUCUAAAGAUAUGACUUUAUCUUUAAUUGAUUCUCAAAAUUUUAAUCUAAUUAAUACCAUAAAUACACAUUCUAUUGUUUCUUCAUUUACUUAUGAUGAUAGAUAUUUAUUUUGUGGAUGUUCUUCUGGAGAGUUAAUGUUAUUUGAUUUCUCUUAA